CUUUAAAUCAUGACACUCACCAAAGGAAACGUGGAGAAAUUAUAUCUGCUCAAAAAUUAGGCAAGUCGUAUAGGCAAAUUGCCAAACUUUUCAGAUAUGAUCCCAAGACAGUUGGAAAUAUGCUAAACAGACUUGAAAACCCAUCUCAAAUAUUACCAAAUCGUCAAGGAAGACCACCAACCUUAGACGAAUUGGCACAAGAUCAUCUAUCACAACUUGUUUUAA